ACCCUAUUCACCACCCCGCAACCCAUUUCAACCGUCCGCCGUCUAGAAUCAAUGGCCUCCCACGACAGCAUCACCAGUCGGGUGCGCCAGCAAACCUGGAAGGGCAGUAUUCCACUCGAGAUACGCCUGCACAAAUCCGACUGUAGAACCUACGAUGAUUCAGAUCCGUAUCUGAUACAAUUCCCUAGGCUCUCAUAUUUAGGCUUGCUCUUACACAAAUUACAUGCCUUCUUUUCAGAUAGACUGAUAUAUCCCGACGUCUCUCCAGCAGACGCAUGGCUUGAGUAUGAGGAUGUGCCUUUGAAAUGGCACUAUCCACUUGGGCUGCUUUACGAUUUAUAUUCGGGGGCAGAACCAGCUCAACCUUCAGAUCCACUGGACGGACCACCUCCAGAAAUAGAGGGAAACGAUACCUUACCAUGGAAACUGACACUUCAUUUCUCCGAGUACCCGGUGGAUCAGCUUGUCAAGCUCGACACCGAAAACAAACACCUCCAUGAUAUAUUCAUGAACAACGUCAAAGAGGCUGAUUACCUUCGCAAUGGCACCGGCAAAACCGUCAUGUUCCUCAGCAAGGAAGACUCGACUCAGUUAUGGAACUCGGUCGAACAACACGACUUUGCCCUCUUCAACCCCAUCAAUCAGAAACUUCUCAAUCCUCAAGGUGUGAAUCUCAGGCAUAUGCCUGUGAAGCUCUACCUCCCCCAUGCUGCCACUUCAGGUCUGGACACGGUCAAUGAAACCGUCAAGGAAGGCAAACAGAGUGCUCCGGGCUCAUUGCGAGUCGUGCAAUCACUCAUCACCCCUUCACUAUCAUCACGCCAACCUCAAACCAUCGGAACUGCCCUGAACCAGAUCAUACCCACCCUGUUUCCGAGUAGACGGAGCUCACUCCUGGCACAUGCUGUUCUUCAUGGGGCUGUUCUCCCUCUGGGUGCUAGUGUAGAGGAGUUGAUACGUGCAACGUCGUAUUUAGAUGGCUGGUUGCACAUAGCGAUUAUCAUGAUGUGA